AUGAAGAGGAAUAAGAAUAUUGAAUUUAUAUUUCUAACUGCUUUAAAUUAACUGAAAUAAUAAAAAUUGAAAAUGAAUAACUCUUCAAUACCAUAACUUCCAUAAGCAUCAAUUUAUGAACCAACAAUAUCUGUUUAGAAAAUAUAGCCACAUUAUAGAUUUGAUUCUAAUAAUAUGCCUAAAAUUCAAUGUUAUUAUCAUUAAGAUAGUCCAAAUAAUUACAUCAAAUACUUUUGUAGACAACCUGAAUGUUUAAUGCCAUUAUGUGAUAAGUGUAUUUAACAUCAUUUGAAUCAAUACCAUACUUAAACUUAAAGUAAAUUUUAAUUAAAUAUUCUUUAGGUAAUAUUGUACCUUUCGAAACCAUACUUUCUGAAAUCUACUAAAAUUUAGCAGCAGAUUGUAAUGAAAUGUGCGAUCAAAUAAAUAAAAUACAGUAGUUGUCAGAAAGAACAACAACUGAUAAAUUAGUUGGAAAACAAUCUUUAUAAACGAAUCCUAAUAAAUUGAUAGAUUCAGCUAGAGAUUAGGUUAUAGCAAUUGUUAAUAAUUAUUUUGAUACUUUGAAGACUUAUCUUUUAACAUAGAUUGAAGAGCCUUUACCUGAUCUAAAUGUUAAGCCUGCUAUAAAAGAUUUAAAGUUAAAAUGGGAAUAAAAUAUAAAGGAUUUAGAGUCUAUAAAUAAUCCAGUAGCAGCAAUUGAGAAAGUUAUUGAAUACUGUGAAGAAGAAAUAAGAAAGAAGAAUGAUACAGUUUUAAAUGAAGCAGAGAGAUUGAUAAAAUUAUUAGAAACAGCAACACCAUAAUAUAGAUAAUAUGGAGUAGAUAUACCUUAAUUAUUUGUUGAUCCAUCCUUUUUACCAAGAUUUUUAUGGGUUCUAGAAAGAUAUGCCUACUUUAAUCGUCCUCCUUUAGAACCAGAAAUACUUCCACCUCCUAGAAUAGUUGAACAAAUUCCUGUUUAUGAUUUACCUCCUCCACCUCCACCACCAAGAUAUUAUGAACCAUAUCCACCUAUGGAAUAAGUUGUUUAUAGAGAUCCUAUCGUAAUUAGAGAACCUGUAUUUAGAGAUAGCUUAAUAAGAGAAGAUGAAGAAGAUUUUGAUGCAUAGUGGUAAAGAAGAAAUAGAGAAAGAUAAUUAUAUUUAUAUGAUAACGAUAGUGAUAAUGAAAAUAAUGCCUUUUCAGCAAAGAAGAGUGUUCCAAAAGAAAAAGAAAAAAGGAGAAAAUCAAAAGUUUAAGAAUCACCUAAACCAAGAUAAAAAAUCAUAGAACAAUAUGAAUCACAAAAAAAAAAAAAAACUGGCAAAUCUAAAGGACAUAUUGUUAUCCAACAUCCAUAACCAUAAUAUAUGAAUACUACACUCACAUAAAUACCAUAAACUACAACUUAUUAACAAUAAACUAAUUAUUAACCAUAAACUAAUUAUUAACAAUAAACUAAUUAUUAACCAUAAACUAAUUAUCAACCCCAAUCAAGUUAUUUGCCUUUGUAAACUAAUAAUAACCUAUUACCCACAAGUACUUAAAUAGAACUCACCCAAAAAGCACCUUUAGGUAUGACUAAAUCAAAAAUCACAAACCAAGCUUACAAAAAUUGAUGAUUAUUUUCACAUAUUAUACAGC